CCCAGCGGCCAAAGCCCGCCCGUGGCAGCGUCCUGGGCCUGGCGGCGGCUUGCGGGGUUUGCGUGGGCGAUGUUGAGCCACACAGAGCUUUCGCGGAAGAGCCUGGACUUGGCGGAGAUGCGGUCCGGGGGCCUGGGCCGCUGCAGGCGCUUCUUUUGGCUGGGCGUCGCCUUCGACGCGGUGGGUGUGGCGGUGCUGUUCACUGGCGUGUUCGCGAACCUGCUGUUCUACGACAUGCUACUCUAUCUGGGUUCCAUCAUCAUCUUCGUCAGCCUCCUGUGGUGGAUCUUCUGGUACACUGGCAACAUCGAGGCGCUCCCGGAAGACCCCUCGAGGAGGACUUCGCCUCGCGCGGGCGAGGUCGGGAUGCACCGCAGCGGCAGCCUUCGCUUCUCGCUGACCCUCAGGAACGUCUCCAACACCUUCCGGCGGAUCCACCGGCGGCGGCGGCCGCGGCUCCUCCCGAGGGUCCUCCAGACGAUCCGUAGCCUCAGCUCGACCGACCCAGGCCAGCUGGAAGGGAACAGCGAUGCCGGGAGCAAAGGCGGCAGAACUUCGUUACGUCCGGCAAAGCCUGUGUCCGUUCUGAAGCAGCUAGAGCUUUGCUCAGUCCAGGCCUCUAGGAGCCUGCCCCUGGUCCCUUUGCCUGCCCCUCUCUCGGUUUGUACUUCUAGGAGCCAGCCUGUCUUUUCGGUGACCUCACAGGGCUACUCUUCUGGCAACUACUCCCAGAUGACUUUGUCCUCGAACAGUCGUGCACCUGUGGAUCUUGACCCUCAGGGGCACUCUAAGAUCAGUGUGACUUCUCGGAUCUACCCCCUGCAACAGUCAGACAGUCAGAGCCACCUCCUGGUGCCUGUACCCUCUGACAGUUUCCCUAUGGUGCCCAUGAGCUCUCAGAGCCAAAUCCAGAACUCUGUGUCCUCUGACAGUCGUGUGCCUGUGGAUCUUGACCCUCAGGGGCGCUCUAAGAUCAGUGUGACUUCUCAGAUCUACCCUCUGCAACGGGCAGACAGUCAGAGGCACCUCCUGGUGCCCUUUGAAAGUUUCCCUGUGUUGCCCGUGAUCUCACAGAGCCAAAUCCAAGGCUCUGUAGCCCAAGAAAGCCAGCUCCAGAAUCUUCCAUAUGCCUCUCAAACUCAACCUGAAACUGUUAAAGCUUCCAAGAGCCAUUCUUUGGCCAUGGAGGUUCCUGUAGUAAUACCUGGGUUUGCUCAGACUUCUCAAAGUUGUUCUCCAGGUGUCCAGGAGGUUCCUAAGAAUUCAGGUGCUAAAGCUUUGGAGACUUUCCCAGCAACCAGCCAUAAAAUAGCUCUGGACCAGCCUGACCCUUCAUUGCCUGUCUCUGAGGUCACACAUACAAACAGGCAGUGUGACCCCACUGACAACCUUCCAGCCUCCAGGGGAGUGAGGGAAAGUCACUCUUCCUAAUAGGAAUCAGACCCCCGCAUGUCUGCUGAGGUCUUUGCCAAAACUUAAUGGUGUUUCUACAUACUUCACUGCCAACUUGAUAAAAGCACAAGUUCUUACCUUGUUUGAGAAGCUUCUCUCUGGAGUCCUGACCUGUUCCGGAUCAACAGACUGCCUGUAAUCAUUGCCUCAGUACUGGAGACAGCAUUCCAGCCUCCAGUAACAGUGCUAUUUAUUAACAGUACAAUACGCCAUAAUAGACUUUGUUAUUCCAAUGAAACUUUAUUUAAAAUAAAUUGAGUUUAUAAAAAUA